AUGGCAAACUUAUAAAAGCAGGGAGCAAGUGUCGGAAGUGGCGCCUUGGCAGGUCCAGGAAGCUUUCAAUUCGGAGAGAGCAAGAGUCUCAAGGACUUUAAAAAGGGAAAAGAAACACCUAAGUUUAAGUUCUCCUCAGACAUAGUAAGAGAAAUCUUGGAUGUAAGAUCAGAUUUGUAUAUGGAUCCAAAUAUGCCUAAGGAUUGCGACUAGCACUAAAAGACUUGGAGAAUGAAGAUGUAUCAACCAAAGUUUCCAAACAAGGUAAAAACAAUCAAAAAUGGAAUAGAUCAGAUAAGGUCAUAGAGUUAUAAUCUCUAAUAGUUUAUGAAGUAAAAACAAAUUAAGGAUGAAAAGAAAAAACAGACAGGUAAAGAAGGGGCAGAGACAUCGGGAAAAGACAAAGGAUACGCUGAUCCAAGUGAACUGACUGAGGCAGAGUUGGACAAAUACUGGAGGCUACAAAGGGAAUACCUUGAGUUUAUGGUUGAAAUGGGUUUUCCUAUUCCCAAGGAGAAAGAUGAGUUGUUUAAAGUCCUAAUUCUGAAAGAUUACUAUACUUAGGAUGAAAGAGAGAAAAGAAAGUAGCAUGCUAUAUAGAAGCUAGAAAAUGAGGGUAACGCUCUUUAAAACAAACUUAGCAAGAUUGAUAGAAAGAUGGAAAGUAAGAUCAUCUCUCAGGCAAAUAAGAAUUUCAACAUUCAUUUGCAUGUGAAUAGACUGAAGCGUGAAGAUAUGGACUAUCUGAAGGAGUUGAAUAAUGAGAUCAACCUUAAGAUUAAAUACUUUACCAAUCCAUCUCUAAUGCACUAGGUCAUGAACGCCCAUCUAUAUGAGAAGCCCCAGAAUACAACAGAUGAUAGUAUUGAUUCUUUACCGGUUAAUCUUUAAACUAAUGAAAAAUCUGCAAAAGAUCAGUCAUCCAUGUUUCCCUCAAUUAAUUAAAGAAUAGGUAAGGUCAGUGGAUUGAAAGGGCCCUCUGAUACACCAAGUAAGCUUUCAAUAAAGAAAAGUCCUUCUUAGAGCAAAAACACUAAUUAUAAUUCAGUUGCUCACAAUAACAAUCACAACUAAACUCAUACUAAUUUGACUGAGCACUCAUCUACUUAUGCCUCAAAUUUCCAUAAAAAUGGAAACAAUAUGAAUCAGUCAAAUGGGUUGCAAAGCUUUGAAGCAUUAAAUGGCAAUGCCCACGGAAAAGAUGAAAACAACAUUCAUAGCAUGUCAGAGUAGAUGAAAAGUGGUAUCAAGGAGUACUUCUAGAAGAUGUAUCGUAAAAACAAGAUUAAAAAAAGUCAAGCUAUUAAUACUAUUUGCAAAAAGAACUUGCUAGAGGACUAGUUUGAAUUCUUUCUGAAAACAUUGUAAGAUAAGAACAAAAAAGGUCUAAAGUUUUCAGCAUCAUAGCCUAUUCUUGAAACUUAGAUUUAAUCAAUGAAGUAGCACAUGAAUGAAACCUAAAAGAUCAGCUAAACUUUGAAUGGUUCUCCAGAUAAACCACUAUCACCCACAGCCAAUAACAAUGCCUUUAAAAUACUGCCUAACACAACUUCUAAUUCUUAACUGAAAAUGACUACUAAGGAGAAUAAACUUAGCGAGCUUUUUGUUGAAUGUAACAAAUUCCUUCCUGAUAAGCUGUUCUCUAUUAAGAAGAUCAAGGACUACUCACUAGGCAUCCCUUUAAAUGAUGAUGGAGAGAUAGUCAAUAAUGCGCCAGACAAGACUGAAAGUAACUUCUUCAAACUGUCUAAGUCUAACAUGCGAAUGUUUUCUGAUUGUCAGGACAAAUUAGUAGGCUUGUAAAAGUCAUUGGAUGAGCAUGAGAAAGUAUUCUUGAUUAAGGCUUUAAGAGAUAGCAAUCUCUAUUGA